GGAAUUGCAUUGAGAAAGCGCAGAGAUGGCCGAUGAAGCACAAGCACCACCAGCUGAGGGCGCACCACCAGCCGAGGGCGAGGCGCCACCACCCGCCGAGGGGGCCGAGGGUGCCGUCGAGGGCGGUGAGCCCGCUCCUCCGGCAGAGCCCGCCGAGCCCAUCAAGCACAGCUACACGCUCUUCUACUUCAACGUGAAGGCGCUGGCCGAGCCGCUGCGCUACCUGUUCGCCUACGGCAACCAGGAGUACGAGGAUGUGCGCGUCACCCGCGAUGAGUGGCCAGCCCUGAAGCCAACCAUGCCCAUGGGACAGAUGCCCGUGCUGGAGGUCGAUGGCAAGCGUGUGCACCAGAGCAUCUCGAUGGCCCGCUUCCUGGCCAAGACCGUCGGCCUGUGCGGCUCCACUCCGUGGGAGGACCUGCAGAUCGACAUUGUGGUUGACACCAUCAAUGACUUCCGUCUAAAAAUUGCAGUCGUCUCGUACGAACCGGAGGAUGAGAUCAAGGAGAAGAAGUUGGUCACCCUGAAUGCGGAGGUCAUUCCAUUCUACCUGGAGAAGCUCGAGCAGACCGUCAAGGACAACGAUGGUCACCUGGCUCUGGGCAAGCUGACCUGGGCCGAUGUCUACUUCGCAGGCAUCACCGACUACAUGAACUACAUGGUGAAGCGCGAUCUGCUGGAACCCUACCCAGCUCUCCGCGGCGUCGUGGAUGCCGUCAACGCUUUGGAACCGAUCAAGGCCUGGAUCGAGAAGCGCCCCGUCACCGAGGUCUAAGUGGCUCGCAUUGAACUUGGGAGGAGGGAAACCAUUGCACACCACUCAAGCACCACAGCACUGCAGACAUGCAGACACAACACCCACAUCUGUUCACAUUUUGUUCCUUUUUGCGGAGGAUCCGAGGAGCAGCGGAUUUUCGCACGGGGUCAUAGACGCGUAGGAGUUUAGCACGUAUCACUUUGGACAAAUCAGAUUUGUUAUACUUUCUUGGUUAUAAUUCUCUUUGCAUGGCGCUAUAUACAUAUUUUUAUCGGGGUCCACCAGCGGAUCGCCCUUCGUUAGCUUCUACUGAAAAGAUGAAAGAUAAUACUUAUUGCACAGUUUAUAAUAUUUUGGCCUACGUUUAGAACUUACAUUUAGCGCAUCUAUGCAGAUGUUUUCUGUAGCUACACACACAAAAUCUACGAGUGGUUCAUCUUUUAGAUGUAUUCUAUUAUAUUUAAUUCACUGCGAAGAGCUCAACAAAUAUUUAAACAAAUACAGCGACAGCUGACCAACAAUUACAAACGAAUUUUUAGUUUUUGAUUUCUAAACCCGUGAUCGCGGCCCCAGGAAUUUUCUUCGUCUCAUUAAGUACACCAUUAAGUAAACAUCAAAAAAGACUCAAAUCAAUAGCCCCGGAAACCUUAUAAAUUAUACAUAACAUGAAGAUACGGAAAUUCUCUGAUAAGAACUGACUAUAACUGCCAAAAUUUCAAAUGCACCCGAUCACACACAUCAAUUUAUACAUAUUAUUUAUUCAAAUUUGUAAUUGUAUUUUUUAAAUAUUUCCACAUCACACUUUAAAUAAACUAAUCACCUAAAAUGGAAUGAGCACUUUUUGAAAGCA